AUGAUUGAGGAUCAUCCAAGGGAGUGGCAUCACUUGCUUUCUGAAGCUUUUUGGGCCUACAGAAAUUCAAAAAGGUCAAGUACAGGCGUCACACCAUAUGUGCUUACAUAUGGACAUGAUGAUAUCCUUCCAAUGGAGAUGACAAUCAGGUCUGCAAGGGUGGCUUUCCAAAAUAGGCUAACUCCAGCAGAUUACAACCAUGCCAUGUUAGCAGAAUUAGAAGACCUUGAUGAAGUUCGUCUCAAUGCCCUAGAUCAUAUUAUUGCUCAAAAGAAGAAAGUCAUGCAGGUAUACAACAAGAAAGUCAAUGCGAAGGCAUUUGUAGAAGGAGACUUGGUAUGGCAGGUCAAAUUUCUACCUGGAGUUAAAAGUUUGGAGUAUGGAAAAUGGACUCCUAAUUGGGAAGGUCCUUAUUUGGUAGAACGAAUCCUUGGAAAAGGGGCUUAUAGAUUAAUGGAUAUAAAUGGAGGGUCUCAUAGGCAUUCUAUGAAUGGUGUGUACUUGAAAGAGUACCACCCUUUCAUCUAUGAAAAUUGGAAAUCCACAAUCAUUCAACCGGCCAUGUAG